GAUCUGCGCUGUAAGCCAGCACAAUCACCGCCGCCCACUCUCGCUCUCACUAUAUCACGCCCUGCCAUUGUCGGCAAUUUCAUCUAACUCCACAGACGACGACAGGAAACUGAAAAUCCAUCCAUCGGAUUAUCGGAAGAUGAAUAUGGCGAAAAUUGUGUUUGUACUCUUCGCAUUGUGUGUUGCACCUUCCAUCGUCACUGCCAAAUCCAAGGAAGAUAGCCCGCUUUUGCUCAAGGGAAGAGUCUACUGCGACACCUGCCGCUGCGGCUACGAGACCUCCGCGUCUACGCCUCUCCCCCGUGCGGUCGUUGGAGUGGAGUGCAGAAGCAGGAAGAGCUCGGAGGUGACUUUCAGGAAGGAGGUGGUGACGGAUUCGACCGGCCACUACCAGAUUUUUGUUCACGGCGACCGCGGGGAUGAUAUGUGCGACGCCUUGCUGGUGAAGAGCUCAGAUCCGGAGUGCAGCACGCCGAACGCAGGGCGCGACCGUGCGCGCGUGAUCUUAACGCGGAACAACGGUAUGAAUUCCAACACGAGAUUCGCCAACGCCAUGGGGUUCCUGAAGAACACGGCGUUGGACAGCUGCCAGCAGAUCCUCCAGCAGUACCAGGAAACCGAAUCGGAGGAUUGAAGAUGGUGUGGUGAGGAUGAAGAAGCUUCGUGCGAUCACUGGGGUUAGAUUCGUCAUUUCGCACGUCUUUGUUGCUGAUUGUAUUUCAGUUAUAUAAUUAUAUACCUUGUUACAGUGCAUAGCGUUUUGUGCUGUAGUAUGCAACUCCGAAUUAUUUUAUCUCUGAUUACAUAAGUUGGAUACAUUUAUUUAA